UUACAUAUCUUUCACUUCACUCAGGGGCACACCAUUUCAACCUCCUCAUCCCAGAGUGAUGAGAGCCCACCUGACAAUUUCAUAGAGUUUGACUCAGUCCCUGACAAAGUGGUAGAUGGCUCAGUGGUUCGUGUGCGGUAUCAAUGCUCCGGGCAAUGUCAGCUUGCCGUGGAGGUGGUGAUGUCCACAUUAAGGAAGACAGAUUUAGUGGUCUUCAGGAGGAAAUGGAUCAGCAGUGCACCCCGAGUCAACAGAUUCCACCAGGUGCAGCUCAGAUUCCCUCCAUCCAUUUUAUAUCAACACAGCUUUUUCAACAGACACAUUCUGGAGGCCCAGAGUGUGACAGUUCGUGCUUGGUUAGACCAUCUUCAUGACAGCAGUGAACCCGGGACAUACCAUAGCGCCAUUGUGAGGAUUUACAAAGUGCUACAGAUAAUGCCACUCUCUGAGCGGCCAACUAGACCUCCCACUGAGUGCCCUUCAUGGUCGGCUCAACUGAUGUGGCAGAUGACCAGAAACAGAAUCCAUCAGUGUCCGCAUGAGUCAGAUGUAAUUGAUAUGCUAAAGUUCCCCCUGGCAAGUACCGGUGAGCACUUUGGAAUGGUCCGCAGGUUCCAGCCUUUUAUCGACAGAGCCCUGGAGAGAGCCCGUCUUCAUGCUGUGACACAGCCCAGCGUCACCAUAUCUAUGUGGAUCUACCUACUGAAAUGGUGUCACAAGAGGCUCUGUGGGAUCGUCCAUCAUAUUGAUGGGAGAAAUGCAUUCGAUUCCGUUUUGAUGUUGCUUACGGACACAGGGGACAUCAUAAUUCAGGCACGUGUGACGACAGGAGAAGAUGAAGCUUUCCGAACCAGUGUGAAGAUGCCCCUGUGGAAAUGGAUUAGACUAGACUGUUAUAUACAGGACUCAAAGGUGCGGCUGGAUACAACAUGGGACGAUGAAACUAUUAUAAACGAAUAUAAAUUUCGGGACAGUAUCCAUUAUGAUGACACUGAUGGAUACCUUGUCAUUGGAGGAAGCAAAUACAUACCAGGCAUCCGUGGGUACUUUGGGGCUAUAAAAUACUAUCGUUUUGGAACUAAAGAGGUGAAAAAUCAACUUAACCCCAAGUCAACAUUACAAGAUCUGGAUAAAACUCAUCAGGAGUGUCAGGAAAUAAAAGCUUUUACAGCUGCUUUCAUGAAGGGAGUAACCCAGAGUCACCUCCCAUCACCAAUCAAAACAGGUUUCUGUACCGCUCACUUCAUAAACCUGUGGAGUGAGUUUGGUGAGAAAAUCUGCAGACAAACAUGGACCUUGGAAACACAACUUAAAUAUAGCACACUGUCUCAGUACUUGUUCACAAAUGAGGAAAAACUCAGAACAGGAUCGCUGGGGAUGAAGAAGCUCGGGAGUGCUUUGUUUGAACAAGCAGCUGGUACAGUGUUCGCCGCAGAUCAGGCACAAAUUAAAAUCACGUCCAAAUUAACUUCAUUAUUGCAAGUGUCCUCCUGUUUUGGAAAUCACAAAGCGUCCCUCUUGUUGGCCAUGAUCCACCUCACCGGCUUGGGGAACUCAGUCAAUCAAACACUGGGUCAUGUCUAUAGUUUGAUUGGCGCGUCCGGUGAUAACCGCUUCGCGCUGAUGCAAGCAGGGUACAAGCAUGCACUAGGAAUUGAUGGCUUUCCAAAAGACAUGGACAUGGCUUAUAGCUACUACUCCAAUGUUGGGGCACAGAGUAAUAUUGACAGUUACAAGAUGCAUGAAAAUAAGCAAUACAAACUAGAACACUUCUAUCUAAGCAAUCAAGAGGAUAUUAACAGCCUGAAACACAACACAAAUGACAUCUUCCAAUAUAUGAAACUUCAAGCAGUGCAAGGAGACACCGAAUCUCAGAAACGCCUGGGACACAUGCUGUACUGGGGCCAACAUGGAAUCUCAAAGGACAUUGCCAGUGCCGUGAAAUGGUUUGAGAGAAGUGCGAUGCAGAUGAAGGAUCCCUCGGCGAUGUACGACUACUCCAUCCUACUGAUGAAGGGCCGGGGAGUGAAAAGAAAUUACACCCAAGGUUUUCAGCUGAUGGAGAAAGCAGCAGCAAUGGGCUCAAUUAGCGCCUUGAAUGGUUUAGGCUGGUACCACGGGAUUGUACUGAACGACCACAAAACUGCCAUGAAAUACUUUGAACAAGCAGCGCUAAAUGGGAGUGAUGAUGGCAUGUUUAACCUGGGAAUUUAUCAUCUUGGUGGGAAAAGCCCAGACAGUCCACGGAGGAAUGAGACAGCUGCAUUCCAGCAGUUUCUGAGCGCAUCUCGGCUCGGUCAUGUAGGCGCAACAGUGGAGGCAGCCUGGUACCUUUCGACAGGAAGCCUGGAAGGGAUGUCUCAGGAUGCGGAGAGGGCUGUGAUAAUGCUAAAAAAGGUCUGUGAACAGAACGGACACCUUGGAUUUAUGAUCAGAGAGGCCCUCCAAGCAUACCUCCAGGGCUCUUGGCAGGAAGCUUUUGUGAAGUAUGUUUUGGCAGCUGGAACUGGUCUGGGUUUGGCCCAGAGCAAUGUUGCUUACCUGUGUGAGGAACUGAAUCUCGGUUAUGAUUGUCAUUGGAGAUAUCAUAACUACUCUGUAUUGAACUACGAUCCUCAUCCGUCCGCCCUGCUGAAAAUCGGAGACUACUACUACUAUUCCUCGAGCGCACAAAGAGAAGAUUCAUUAUCCUUGGUUGGUCGGGCCAUAUCGAUGUAUAGCAGAGCAGCUUUAACAGGCAGCCCUCAGGGAAUGUACAACCUAGUUAUUCUGGCACAACAAGGGCACAUUCUUCCACUGAGCGUCCACAGCUUGUUUAAUGUCACACAUCAAGAUGAGCAGAAGAUUGUGGUGGAGAAGAUCUUAAAAAGAUGUGUGGAGAUAGAGGACGAAGACACCGUAACGCCCUGUUCUUUAGCUCUGCUUGGAGUCCAGAUGGGAAAAGCCUUGAGGAAAAUGAGUCAGAAUGGUGCACAGCUCCUCUUGGCAUAUGCAUCUCUGCUGUCUGUCGUUGUCAUUAUUGUCACUGUGCCAUUGCAGAUGUGUUUUGGACAAAUGAAUUCCAGUCGCCAUGCGGUUGCACUGAGGGCAAGGACCUCAUCUGUCAGCCAAGAUGGUGUCAACUUGAAUAGAGUGCAAGAUGGCAUCAGAAGAGGGACCUACAGAGCGGCAGGAAAUCUUGGGUUUACCAUACUGAAUGGCGAGCAGUGGCUCAGGCAGGUCAGCGAUUUGGCUGUGACUGUGUCGGGCGUGUGUCUGUGUACUCUCUGGAUCACACUCCUCUAUCAUCUCUUAUGA